AUGGAUGGAAGUGUAGGAUGUCGAUACAUUAGGAUGAUACAUGAAUCAGUUCAAGAAGCAAAUGAAACCAAUGUAAAGAUUAGAAAUAGGAUGAUUGCUUCUCAAGACAGACAUAAGAGUUAUGCAAACCUGAAGCGCAAAGAUGUGGAAUUUGUAGUGGGUGAUAGUGUUUUGUUGAGAGUGUCACCAAUGAAGGGCAUAAAGAGAUUUGGUAAGAAAGAGAAGUUAAGUACCAGAUAUGUAGGACCUUUUGAGAUAUUAGAAAGAGUUGGGCAAAAUGAGACAUUUAAUCUACAAGGAAUUUUUUUGUACGAGGAGAAACCAAAACAUAUUAUUGAUCAGAAAGAAAAAAUGUUAAGGAAUAAGAGAAUUUUGUUGGUUAAGGUUCUGUGGAAGAACAAUGCUGUUGAGGAAGCUAAAUGGGAAUUGGAGAAGGAUAUGCUUGAGCAAUACCUAGAAUUGUUCAGUUAA